AUGUUUAGAUCUAUUUUCAGAGUACCCAGUGGGAUAAGAGGUGUUUCCUCCAAAAACUUUCGAGGAAUAAGCUCCAUUAUCAACCAAAGAAUACCCAAAGGUUAUACACAACCAACUCCAAAAUCAUCAGAUUUAAUUAUAAUUGCAAUGUCUUCAGGAGUAGAUUCAUCAGUGGCAGCAUUGUUAUAUAAACAGAAAUAUGAGAAUUGUUUAGGGAUUUUCAUGGAGAAUUGGAGUCAAUUGGAUAAUGAGCGUUGUUUGGAACAAGAUUGGAAAGAUGUCCAAUUAGUGGGAAAUCAAUUAAAUUUACCCAUAGAACGAGUUAAUUUCGAAAAAGAUUAUUGGAUUGAAGUAUUUGAACCAAUGUUGACAAGUUAUAACAAAGGUUUAACACCAAAUCCUGAUAUUAAUUGUAAUAAAUAUGUGAAAUUUGGAAGUUUAAUUAAUUAUGUUUCUAAGAAAUAUAAAGAUCAAAAUUGGUGGUUAGUUACAGGUCAUUAUUCAAGAAUAUUACAAAAUGACACCACAGGGGAAUUACAUUUAUUAAGAUCUUAUUAUCCAGAUAAAGAUCAAAGUUAUUAUUUAUCACAAAUUGAAACAAAUGUAUUGAGCAGAGUUUUAUUACCAAUUGGUCAUUAUACAAAACCUGAAAUACGUAAAUUAGCCCAGGAAAAAGAUUUAGUAAUUGCAGAUAAAAAGGAUUCACAAGGCUUGUGCUUUGUAUCACAAACACAGGGGAACUUUAACAAUUUUUUGAAAAAUUUCCUUAUGGAUUCACCAGGAAAUAUUAUAACUGAAGAUGGUAAAAUUUGGGGUAAACAUGAUGGACUUUGGAGUUUAACUUUAGGACAAAAAUGUGGAAUAUCAAUGCCUCAAGGUGAUCCUAGAUAUAAAGGUGUUUGGUUUGUAAGUGAAAAGAAUUUUGAAACUGGUGAUAUAACAAUUGUAAAAGGUGGUAAUAAUGAUAAAUUAUUUAAAAAAAUUGUCUAUGUCCAAGAUUUUAUUCCAUUGGGUGAUGAUUUAGAUAUUACAAAGAUGGAAGGGCUCACUGUACAAUAUAGAUCAUUACAAUCACCAAUCUCUUUGAAAACUAUAAAUUAUUCAAAUGGGAAAUGGAUAUUCACUUUAAAUGAUAAAGCAAGAGCUAUAUCACCAGGUCAAUAUUUAGCUGUUUAUCAAGGGGAUAGAUGUUUAGGAUCCGGUGUUAUCGAGGGGGCAGAGUAA